GAGAAGAUGGGUUUCAUCCUCAAAUAUCUUAUAAUGCCUCCUUUUGUCCAGCAUCAAUGCGCAGAAAAUUUGUUACUCAAAAAGAGUAUUAUGCUUUUAGACUUCAGUAUCGAUUGAAUGAGGGGCAUACACUGGUUCAAAGUGGCAAGGCAUUGCAACAUUACUGUGUUGAUGCAUUUUCAACAAUUGAACUCAAUCGACUGGCAUUUCUUAGAACUCAUCAAAAAGAUUUAAGAGCAGAAGUUUAUCAGGGGUUGCAGGAUGCAUUUGCAAAGGGAGACAUGGAUGGAGAAAAACUUGGAAGAAUUAUAAUGCCAUCAUCUUAUACAGGAGGACCAAGAUAUAUGCAGCAACUAUAUCAUGAUGCAAUGGCAACCUGUCAACAUUAUGGUAACCCAGAUUUAUUUGUUACAUUUACCUGCAAUGCUCUUUGGGAAGAAAUUGUUGACGCUUUUGCAGAUAUGAUUGGACCAAACAGCAAGUUGAAGCCUAUGGUGGUCUGCCAUGUGUUUCACAUGAAGCUUGCCAUAUUAAUUGACCAGUUUAAAAGAGAAUCAUAUUUCGGAAAAACGAUAGCCAGUGAGUUACCUGUAGAUGACCUUUCAUUUUAUAAAAUUUCUUUUAUUAUUUGAAUGAGCUAUCAAGUUCAAAUGAUGGACUGUUUUUUCGAAGUAAUCUACACAGUUGAGUUUCAGAAGAGGGGCCUCCCACAUGUCCAUAUGCUUAUAUGGUUAGCCAAAGAGGAUAAGCUAAAUUCAACAUCUGACAUUGAUGAGAUGAUUUCUGCAGAGAUACCAGACCCCAAUCUAGAUCCAGAAGGGUAUGCUGCAGUGGUUAAGUUCAUGAUUCAUGGACCUUGUGGUGUUAACAACCCCACUUCACCAUGUAUGAAAGAUGGUAAAUGUUCGAAGUAUUUUCCAAAAGAAUUCUGUUCAGAAACUUCUUUCGACAAGUUUGGCAAUGUCGUGUACAGAAGAAGAAAUUCAGGCAUACAUGUUCAAAAAGGAAAGGCAAUGCUGGAUAAUAGAUAUGUCGUUCCAUACAAUCGGAACUUAUUGGUUAGAGCUCAAGCCCAUAUUAAUGUGGAGAUAUGUCACAAGGGAGGGUUAGUGAAGUACUUAUUUAAGUACAUUACUAAAGGACCAGAUAGAUCUCUUAUUGUUGCAGAAGACUCGACAAGCUCAGUUCGGGUACCAUCAAAUAUAACAAAAAAAAAAAAAAAAACAAAGACGAGAUACAAGAGUUCAUUGAUUGCAGGUCUCUGUCCUCAUACGAAGCUAUAUGGAAAAUCAACGAGUAUUCUAUACACCACAGAGAGCCUAAUGUGGUUCGACUUGGUGUACACAUGGAUGGACAACAGAAUGUUUCAUACAAGAGAAGGUCAAAUAUCCAAAAUGUUUUGCAAAAUCCAAGGGCAGGUAAAACUCAUCUUACAUCAUGGUUUGAACUUAACAGACAUGAUUGUAAUGCAAGAAAGCUUACAUAUGCUCAAAUACCAAAUUCCUUUACAUGGAAUGAAGAAUACAGUGAAUGGACUCCAAGGAAAAGAGGUUUCGCAAUAGGAAGGAUAGCUUAUGUUCCUCCAGGAAGUGAUGAUAUAUUCUUUCUUAGGCUGCUAUUGACCAAAGUAAGAGGAGCAACAAGCUUCCUCAAUUUAAGAACAAUACAAGGGGAGGUUUGUAGUACUUAUGAAAGAGCAUGUCAAAAGUUGGGGCUUCUGUCGGACUCUUCAGAAUGGAUUCAGGUAUUACAAGAAAUUGCAGCAUCAAGUAUGCCACACAUAAUACGGACUACAUUUGUUUCAAUGCUGAUGUUCUACGAAAUACCUGAUCCUAAUGCUCUAUUUGAAUCUUCAUGGAGGUUAAUGAGUGAAGAUCAUGUUCAUUCUCUUCGUAAACAGCUGCACUCAAAAACUUUCCAGCCUUCAGAUGAGAGACUUAAGAAUUGGGUGUUACAUCAGCUGGAAACUUUACUGAGGACUUAUGGUUCUUCACUUCAGCAAUUACAUAUCCCAAGACCGACAGAUUCAGAACCUGACGAUGGAUCAAAUCCUCUGAUUAAUGAGCAUCUUAACUUUGAUGAUGAUCAACAAAGGUUACUGGCAAAUACUAUGGUUAGCAAACUGAACACAAAACAGCUAGAGGCUUUCACACUCAUUAUUCUCUCUAUCAACAACAACCUUGGCACUUCAUUUUUCCUAUAUGGCCAUGGAGGAACAGGCAAGACUUUUCUCUACAAUGCAAUCAUUGCAAAAUUAAAAAGUCUUUCCAGAAUUGCUAUAGUUGUUGCCUCAUCUGGAAUAGCAGCCACACUACUACCAAACGGCACAACUGCUCAUUCAAGGUUCAAAAUUCCACUUCAUAUAGACCAUGCAUCUACAUGUUCCAUAAAGAAAGGUACUCAUUUAGCUGAGCUAAUACGUGCAGCUUCAUUGAUUAUUUGGGACGAAGCACCGAUGACACAUCGAAAUGCAUUUGAGGCUAUAAGCAGGACGUUUUGUGAUUUGAUGGACAUACCACUAUCAGGUCCAAAACACAAGUUGUUUGGAGGAAAAACAGUAGUCUUUGGUGGUGAUUUUAGACAGACUCUACCAGUAAUUUCAGAUUCAGGAAGGGAACAAACAGUUGAUGGAUCCAUCACGAGGUCGUCAUUGUGGCCCUUUUUUAAGGUGCUCAAACUGUCAAGGAACAUGAGGCUUAAUGAUUCACAAGAUAAUAGAAACCUGGUCGGCUUUGGAAUGAACUUUGGGGAGUGGAUUCUGGCGCUGGGAGAUGGAAGGCAUCCAACAAAAUCCUUUAUGGCGAACACACCUUCAGAUUGGAUUGAGAUACCACAAAUACUCUUGAUAUAUGCUGGAAAAAAUCCAAUCGAGUCAAUCAUAAAUGACAUAUAUGACGCAUUUGAGGAACAACACAUGAGCACAGAUUACCUAAGUGGAAGGGCAAUCGUUACUCCUACUAAUGCAGUUGUGACUGAAGUGAAUGACUUCAUGUUGCAAAAAAUUCCUGGACAUUGCCGUUGCUACUACAGUUCAGACUCUAUGCAACUUGAUACAGAGGUACCUCAGCUAUUUGCUGAAACUUACCCAACAGAGUUUUUGAAUGCUCUUCAGUUCAAUGGUGUUCCAGAUCAUGAAAUAAGACUUAAGGUUCACACUCCAAUCAUGUUGCUGAGAAAUUUGAGCCCACCAAACGGCCUAUGCAACGGUACGAGGAUAUUGAUUACGAAAUUGGGGGAAAAUAUAAUUUUUGGAAACAUCAUGGGAGGAUCUUUUGACACAAAAGAGGUUGUUAUACCACGAAUAGUACUCAACGUAGAAGACAAACGCUGGCCCUUUAUACUGAAGAGGAGGCAAUUCCCAGUACGUUUAUGUUAUGGGAUGACUAUAAAUAAGAGCCAAGGUCAAACUCUGGACAAGGUUGGAGUCUAUUUGCCUAAACCAGUAUUCAGUCAUGGACAGCUUUAUGUGGCAGCAUCAAGAGUAAGAUCUGCAGGUGGUUUGAGAUUCUUGAUUGAAAAUGAAGAGGACAUUCCAGCCAAUUACACGAGAAACAUUGUAUAUUCAGAAGCCUUCACAGAUAUUUCACCUGGUUAAUUUUGCAAGCAUCGAAGAAGCUCGAAGUGAUUAUUAUGAACUCUCCCAACUUUUUGAAUUUUGCGCCUGGGAAAAUUUGUUCUUCUAGUUCUUGCGUUGUUCUUAACAAGAGACAUGUUUUGUGUUUUUUAUUUCGAAACUCAAAGCUAUAAAGCAGUCAUGAGUUUUGAUCAGUUAACAUCGGUUCGGACUAUCCAGAGAAAACUUAGAAAGAAAAUCGUUGAGCCCAACUGAUACAACUUGACAGAACAAUGAUCGUAGGAGCGUAUUGUAGCCUUUUCUGUAAAAAGGGCUGAUUCAACAGUUAGAACCCAUUGCAUAUCAUAUAGAGCCCAAACACGAUAUCAAGGCCCAAACAAUCGAUCCAAAAAGGACUUACCCUAAGUUAACCCUGGCUUAUAUAAACUACCGAUUGUUUUUUAUGCCUUCUAGAAUCGGCCGCGCAGUCAAGAUACAAAAAAAAAAGGGAAACCAGGGUCUCGAAGAACUGGAAGCUUUCUUCUACCCAACAGAUUUACAGUUGUAUUUGUAUAGUACAACUGAUACGUGAGAUUCCGUGGACCCACACAAAAUGGACCCGAACGAACUGAAAGGUAAAUACAUUGAAUCUGGAAAGAAAUCCAACAAACGCAUCUCGAUUCCUAUGCGAGUUUUUUCCAUUCAUUAUUUAUCGAUUCGUCUUUAAUCGCGUUGCAGAGUCCAUUGAUUCAAGCAUGUGCUUUCGGGGACUGCGUUUGGGAACAAACAAUCGAACCGUUAUAGCUAGACAUGUCGUUACAUGGACUGAGUUCCGAGAAGUGCCUUUAUCCACAUGGAAGAAAAGGACACAUCACAUGCUCUGGCUUGACAAAAAGGUUUGACUCCAGAUACCCCAACCAUAUUCAUAAAUAUUCGUCAGAGCAUUUGAUUCAGUGUUAAGACAAAAGAACUUGCCAAUAUACAAACCCUACACAUCAAUUAACCUACUGGCGAAUGCUAAAAGAUGAAAAACUCUUGACAACAUAUCUAUCUACCAUUGACUUUACAGAACAAGCUGAUCGAAGCUCAGGUUGAAGAAGAAGAUGCAGAUGAGGUUUUUAAGAAAAUCAAGGUUGGCUGCCUGCAUGAAGUACAAGAUAUUGUAGCAGGUCCAGCAAGGUCAGUGCAACGCGUUGUCCAUCGAGAGUUCCGCCUGCUCCUCACUUCAGAUCAAAUUAGGAGGCAUAUUGAAGAAGGAAAUGGACCCCAGCAAUUCCCAACAGGAUCAUACACAGCAGCCGAUUUUUCCAUUGUGCCUCAAACAUCAAAAGACUUUGUCUGCCAUUCAGGUAAAUAUAUGUCUCUCUAUCCAUGAUUAAGAACACCAUUAAACAAAGCAUAACAAACAUUAAAUCUGUAGAUGUUACAGGAUGUGUUAGAAGACUAACUCAUCCAGAAACAAUUAAAGGAAGGAUUCAGAAAUUCGACCUGGUCAUACAAGAUGUCUUGUAUGCUCUUAGGAUUGCACACUUUUUUUUACUUAGUAAAAAUGUAUAGUUAACACAUUGCUUUGCAAUCAGUGGGGAAAAGGCUUAUGUUGAAUACAGUGGCCAUGACAUUGAUGAUUUUCAAAAGCAUGCUCCAGCAAUUGAGGCAAAGUUACCAUUGAUUGUGACAAUCAAAUCAGUUAGUAGAGUAACUCCUAGACAUAACAGUAAGUACCAGCAUGAAUUUCGAUCCACAAUUGCAAGUAAGCUCAUCAUCCAUUCUUAUCAGAACUGCUGCAAGGAUAUCAUGAACAUGUGAGUUGCUGUAUAUGGGUUUACCCAACUGAUUGGUUCAACUACUAUCGAGUUAGUGAUACUUACACAUUUCUUUUCAACAUGUAGCUUUCUUGCAUGUCGCAAAUCAGUUUACUUCAUCGAUGUUGCUACUUGCAAAAAAACUGAACACUUGCUGAGCAAUCAACUACAAAAGAAAUCGUUGAGAGAGAUAAAAGAAAGGAUGGAGGACCUGUCAGAUUUCACAGAGGUAAACGAACAAACACCAGCAUUGACAUCAGCUGUAUAUUUCCAUCUGUUUACCUGUAUAAUACAUUUGACAGUUUUUGCAACAGGUUACUUACAUGACAUUGAUUAACAUUCCAAGGUUUAUAUACAGAAAAAGCAUCUGCAAAAUUCGUGGAGAGAACACAGGGUAAGCUUUUGACCAUUCUCCCACGUUUACACAUGGCAUAAUAAUACUCUUUGUAUAAACCUAACAAAAAGAUCUUUAUUGCAAGACUCACAUACAAACUGGAAGGGAAAUGUCGCCAAGGAGGAUCUGAAAUAGAUGUGGUGUUUAAGCAUGAAGCAGCUCUGUCGCUUAUUCGUAAGUCACCGUGAGAAUAUCAGUUUCUGAACAAGGACCAAAUCAUCGAAUUGAUCGCAAAGAACUGUAACAAAAAAUUUGCUGCGGAAUUGACCGUCGCAUGGAAAAAGGUGGGGGACAGUGAUUCAGACAUGCAACUAAAAGCGACAGUGCUCACCCUGUGGGAUCGAUCAGCAUUCGAGAAAUGAUGUUGUCCUUCGAAGCUUGCCAUUUUGAUAUCGUGCAAACCACAAAGGCACGAAACUUCUGAAAACAUUUUGUCCUGCUGUUUUCCGAAUCUUCAGUCUCCGCCAUGGAACUUUUAUUAAUUUAGUAGAUACAUCGUGGAAAACAUGGCCACACACCUAACAACAUUCAUGUUUAUUCUGCAAACCCAGUCAAUCUUUUGCAAAUGACGGAAUUUUUUAUGUUUAUGACAAUAUUUAUGUCUAUAUUUAGAACAUAAGGAUUAUGGUUAUAGAUAAUAUUAAAUCCCAUUUAAUUAUGAUAGAAAUAGUAUCCCGCAGUGGAGCGCGGGCUGAAUCCUAGUUAAUGAUUAAAAGAGCCAGCUGGGCCUAGUUGGGUUUGAAUUUUGGGCCUAAGUGGCCAACCCCCUUCUCCUCUAUACCAUGGUCGACCCGUCUCCGAGGCCCCCAUAGUCGGACGAUGCCUCCACCCCUUAGUAUGAAAUUUGGCCUACAAACACUAAGUCUUGGAAACAAGGCGACACAACGAGGUGCCAAACGGCCGGGUACCAAACCGGCAGGGUGCAACUUACCACUUGACGAGGCUACAAAAACUAAGUAUGGAGACGAGUCCACCAUACCAAGGCAGUUACACCCAGUGGCUAUAAAUAGGAUAUAUGAGAAACGAAGACGAGAAAAGGGUUCCACAACCAACCAUUCGACACACUAUGUUCACACCUACUCCUAUGGAGGUUCAGUGAGAGCUCCGAAAAAACAUCAAACACCCUCUCGGUCUAUUGAGAAUAUUAAUUAUUUAGUCAAAAAUAAUUAAUUUCUUGUCCU